AAACCGUGUCGGUUACUUACUUCUUUAGAAGUGGAUAGCAAAAUAUGGAUAAAAAGAUAGAAUAUAAACUUAAAAUUGGAUUCAAAGAAAAUGCAAUAAGAGUCCGUUUAUUUGGCCAUGGGCAUGAUGAUUGGAUAGAUCGAACUAACAACGUUAUCGUUCCCUUCUUUCUUAUUACUUUCGCAGUAUUUACAGGGGCAGAGCACCUUUUCACAGGCCCCCCGAUCCAAUGCUGGUGUCCGGCGGAAUUCACUAACACGUAUGUUGAAUACGUGAACAAUUUCUGCUGGAUUCGGAACACGUAUUACACACCUUUGAGCCUCCCGAUCACAGAAGAAGCUCGGAAAAAUGAGAUUGUGUAUUACCAGUGGGUACCUAUUAUGCUAAUCAUCAUGGCCCUUCUUUUUAAGAUGCCUAGCAUUCUAUGGAGGCUAUUGCACAAAGGUUCUGGAAUUCACUUGGAUAUGCUUUCUCAAAUGGCUGCUAAUACCCAAACCAUGACCUGGGACGAACGUAACAAAACCGUAAAAAAUAUAGCAGCUGCCUUUCAAAGAUGGGGGAGAAUACGCAUUCCUUCGAAUAAAAGUCCGAUGUUCCUAAAGAGCUUGACGUCAAAACGGUCAGGAUAUUAUCUGGCAAGUCUUUACAUCGUAAAGAAAUGCCUGUACUGUGCAAAUGUAAUCGGCCAAUUUUUCCUUUUGGACGAAUUUUUGGGACACGAUUUUUACCUUCAAUAUGGCUUAGAUAUUUUUGAUGAUACCGUUGGAAAUAGCACUGUGGGUUUGGCGCGUUUUCCAAGAGUAACAAUGUGUGAUGUACACAUACGCCAACUUCAGAACUUGCUGCGUUGGACCGUACAAUGUGUACUACCUCUGAAUAUGUACAACGAGAAAAUCUUUGUGUUCCUGUGGUUCCUUUUUGGAGUGGUCUCCUUUCUGACUUGCACAAGUCUUUUGAUUUGGAUAUGGCGCCUCGCGAUACCUCGAAACAGGAUUGCCUACAUAAAAAAAUUUCUAGUAAAUUGUGAAGGGAACAAUAAAGAUCCAAGAAAUGAUAAACACAUCCAAAGUUUUAUUCAGAAGGAACUUCGUCUGGACGGAAUAUUUGCUUUGUGGAUGAUCGAGCGGAAUACAGGAGGAGUGUUUAUAAGUGAUUUGGUUAAAGAACUGUGGAAUAUGUAUGAUAAGUAAAAUGAA